AUGGCCGCCCUACGAAGAUGCCUGCAGUCCACCCGCCAACCCUUCACAACCCGCCAUGCCCUCUCCACACGCUCCUUCACAAGCACCUCAAUACGACCCAACGACAAGCAAAACAUGAUGGACAAAGACAGCAUCAACACCGACUCGCGCGAAUACAGCAAAACAGGCGGUGACGACUCAACAGCAGCGACCGAAGAUGCUGCUUUCAACCCGAACAAAACAUCGCCGGAGGAGGAGCACGCGACUGCGAGUCGAGAGUCGGGAGGGGAGAGCAAUAACCCGCUAAAUGUCAGCCCGGCGAAUAAGGAGAUCAGCGACCCGAACAAUCAGCAGAAGGGAGGUGCGACGGGAAGUCCGAGUGAGACGGGGCAGGGAGGAGGGAGGGAGAGGAGCUCGGGUGGUGGUAGUCCGAAGAAGAGUGGAGGGGGAAAGUCAGGUGGUGGGCCACUGUGA